AUGGAACAAGCUCGUACUUUUCAGUCCGAGGCGCGUGUGUGUGUGGCGGGGAGAAGGCGCAAAGGGGAACACGACCGGGAAAGGUGGACGGGAGGCGGCGGGAGCGGGCCCGGGGACCGGGAGGGCGAAGAAACCCCCGGUGCAGAGAUGGGAAUGAGGGGCGGGGAGGAGGAGCCCCGAGGCUUUAAUACUCACUCAGUUUCGCAACUACGCCGCCCCCGCAGGCCGCCCGGCAGGGCCGGCCGGGGCACGGGGGACGCGGGCGGCCGCGGCGGCGCCCGGAGCCCGGCGGCCGCGCAGCGCCUGCCCGCGGCCGCGCACCUCCCUCGGCGGCGCUCCACGGGCCGCGCGCCCCGCACCGGCCCGAGGCCCCGGCUCCCCGGCGCGCCCUCGCCGCGCACCUCGAGGCCGGCGCUAGGUGAGGGUGGCCGCCCGGGCGCGGUGCCGGGGCUGCGAGCGCGCGGGCAGCCGCUGCACCGCGAGCAGGAGCCGCCCCCUGCGCCGCCGCGGCUGCCGCGGGCGGGCGGGCGAGGCUCGGCGGGGCGCGGGGCGCGGGGCGCGGUGCGGGGCGCCGGGCGAGCGCGGGCGGCCGAGCUGGCGGCCGGCGAGCUCCCGCGGCCGGUGCCUCUGGGCUGGGGGCCGGGCUGGGGGCCGGGCCGGGCCGGGCCGCCCGGCGGCUCCGCCCCUUCUCCGGGCGGCAGGCUGAGCGCGCGGGCGGAGCGGCGCGGGGGCGCCCCCCUCGGCCGGGCGCUCGGGUUACAGCCGCUGCUGCCGCCGCCGCCGGCCCCCCGCCCGCCCGCGCCCCGCCGCUUCGCCGGCGCCCGCAGAGAUGGGGUAACGGAACUGGGACGCCAGCGCUGCAUUGUGGGAGCUUUUAAAGCGGCGGGGAGCGCGGGGCGACCGCUGGGGCCCACCGGGCCGAGCUCGGCCCGCCACCCCCGCCCCGGCCACCCGGGCCUGCCGACCGGAAAGCCAGAACUGGACUGGGUCUGAACUGCUUUGCAGCUGGAGUGGCAGUGAUUCAGCGACCCCCUUCUCAGCAGCAGGCAAUGACAGAGGCAGGAGACGAAAAACAGCGAAUGAAUCAGCCG